UGCACGGCAGCUAACCUGUAGGACCUAAAGAACAAGGCCUGACAUCAUCUCUGCACCCAACUUUAAGGUCCUGUUUAGAAAAUUAAACAAAUCUCGGUGGAAUAUGUCGACCAUGUUUGGAAAUGUUGCACUCAACUUCAGACUCUUUGUGGUGAUCUGUGCAGCUGCUGUGCUGUUGGUGUCGUGUUCACACUCAGCAAAAGCUACCAGCCCCACGAUAGCUACUGGCUACAUCAGAAUAAAGAACAACUUCCUGGCACGCCUGAAUGCUCCCUACAGUCAACAACCCUCCGUCUUAUCUGGUUUGCCAUCCAAGGAAGGAGAUGUCCGAAAAGCAACUGAUACCAGAUGGAAAUCUAGAGGCACACCAUCCAUCAUUAACCAUCAACAUCAUCCUUUGCCAUACACACAAGGCAGCUUCAGUUUUGGCCAAAACAGCCAGGACGCCACGCGGCCUCGGGUCAGAAUCGCCAAAGUUCCGAGUGGUGGAGUGAAGCCAGAAAGCAACGUUUUCACUAGAAGCCUUCAACAUGGAGGAAAUGGCUUCAGUGGAAGGCCGUCCAGAAAGCAGGCACACUUUUUCCCUCUGAAAGAAGAAAAGGUUGGAAAUCCUCUCAACUCCAAUUAUCUCUCACAAAAGAGGGACCAUAAGUACUCUAAAGACUCAAAGCGUGAGUUAGACAUUCCUACACGUCACCUUGUUCUACCCCAGACAAGGAGACUACAUAGUACCCCAAUUAAACGUUACAGCGACUACAAGAAGACAAACCAGCUUCCUGCGGUCAGAGUACAAAGUGGAUCAACUGGGAGGAACCAAGUUCUCGGCUUCAGAAGUCACUCGGCUCCUCCUGAAGCAUCAGUCGCUAGGAGAAAUCCAAGCCUAGGACAGCUACCGUCUGUCCCAGACUUGUCACACAACCAAAACUCUGUGAGCAACAAAGAGGUGUUGGGAUUCAAAAAUGUCCUGUCUUACCCUCUUAAGGAAUCGCCAACACAAUCAAACAAAGUGAUAGGCGAUGGACUUGAAGAUGGACAGAUGGAUGCUGCCAGAUAUGAGCCAAACCCUUUUGGUAAAAAGGGGAAGAGCACUUUUGGUUCAAAUUUGAAACGGCCAACCAGAAUAAAUCCAGCUAUCCAAAAUAGCAUCAGUCAGAAACAGAGUUUUACCAGACAUCCAAUCAAAUUAUAUCCAUCGCAACGUGAUGCUGCACCUCCUAAAGAUGCUCCAGCAGAAGCCAGGAAUUCAGAAGGGUUCGUCCCUACAGUUCGUUUAAACUCUAAGGAUAGCGCCCCAAGUAAGACAUUUGCUCCACUGGACCGAUUCAAGUCAGCUUCAAGAAAACCGGCGCAAUCCCAUAAACCAGAACAACCCAUACGACGGAUUAGUCACCUCAGAGGGUUUACUGACGCUGUGAAGCAACCUGGGAAGGAAGCUCCUGUCUCAGAAAGAUCUCAACAAUCCAGCCUGGAUAAAGGGAUGAACAACUUGUUUAGAUUUGCAAAUCCACAUUUCUCUCUGAAGUACAGCUUUGGUCCGAGAGGAGUAUUUGCUUCAGCUCCUGCAUCAGAAAAGCCCCAAAGACUAGAAAGUACUUCACCUUCUCCAUCAGUCCUAGCCUCAUCAACUCCCGGACCACUCGCCAUGUGGUUAAACCGUACUGAGCUUCCGAAAAGCGUGAGUAAAGUUGGUGUAAACAGAAACAAUACCCAGACAAGGUUCAGCCUCUACAAGGGGAGGUUCGGUUUAAAGGGUUUUGGGAUUCAACCACUAGAGGGAGCCAAAGUUUUACCUCAAGGGCCGGAUGUGUCCACCAAGCCAGAUUUCAAAGGUUUUAAACUUAGGAGUUCACACACCUGGAGCCCUAAACGCAUCAGAAUUCAACGACGGUACAAUCAGGCAGGUGAAACGCAACCAGGUACCAACAGCAGCGGUGGUGUGUCUAAACCACGCACAAAGAUUUCAAAGGGUGAUGGAUCAGUUCCCAGAUCUAGUUCUAACGAGGUGACCAACAAGAUCCAGAUAUUUCAGAUCCUCCGGCCCGACAAAGACGGAAGUGGGCUGGUUCAAAAUAAAACUAGCUGGAGGCAUUCUGAUCAUCGUCCAGGUGUUGCCUCUUCGUCUUACCUGAGAUCGGCAGGGAAUCCUAAAGCUGCACCGAAACCAGAAUCGGAGCCUAAAGAAGCCAAAAAACAUCAACUCAUACCAGAUCAGAGGAUCGAGUUUCAGAGCGCUACUAGCAGCAUAGUGAGGGGCACACGUGUGAAGCUGUCCAACAGCCGAAAACUCCACAGGUUCAUAGUCAUUAACUCUACCAGAAACUCACCAAUAAUCCGACAGCCCAGAGUCAAAGCUGUCACGUACGCCGACAUCGUAGGAAGUGCUUCGUUCAGCAGCAUUCAAGCGAAAAGUUUCCCUCCUGCUGAUCGGGAUUUCUUCCCAAAUAUGACGAGAACAAAACAGGAUGAAGGGCCGACCUUGGAGUUCAACGAUGGAAGAAACACGAGCGGAAGUCUUCAAGAGGACAGUGAAAAUGAUCUGGACGAUUUGAAAAGUAUUGAGAAAAACAAUUUUGGAAAAAUCGAAGAAACAGACAAUGAGAUUAAAAUAUCGGACUUAUUUUUUGACAGUGAAGGAAGCGGGAGCGGGGAUUUUAAUUUGUCCAAUGUUUUAUCUACAUCCAAAGAAAGCCAGGCAGCUGAACGAGAUUUGCUCGAGCUAGAUUACCUCAGAAAAUCUACUGAGAACAUCUUUUUUAAGUCGGUGAGAUGCCCAGGUGUGGAUCAGCGGUAGAAAGAUUGAAAUGUUCCGACAUUAGGAGCAAAUUCAAUAAAAACGGGAAACUUA